ACUGUGACUUGAUGGUGUUUCUCCGGCCAUUCUUGAGGGGGAGGCCGAAGAGUUGUGUGAGAAAACUCGUAUUUUCGUCUAUUCUAAUAUCAUUUUUUGUGCGUGUAAUAAUUAUGUAAUGCGAUAGCACUUGGCAAUGAAUUGUUUCGUGAACUGGAUUUGAGUAUUUGUUUUGAUGUUAUUGCUCAAUAAUGGGUGAAAUUUAUGGAGCAAAAGAGAGAGAGACUCCUUAUACCGUUCCCGCAUUUGAAGCGUUCUUAUACCAUUUUUUGCCAAUUGUUGCAGAUUUUUUUUGUGUGAAAAUAUUGUCGUUUUCAUCUUCUUACUGACUAUAUACGUUUCCUAUUAAAUUUAUACGCGUAUCGAAUAAUUUUUCAAAUGUGAAAUGGUUAUCGGUGGCACAAUACUAUCGGGCACUUCGGCGAGCAUUGUUGGCAUCCCCAAAUCGCCAUCCUUUCACAGUGGACUGGAUUUAGUUGCCACGAAGGAGAGCACAAUGCCAACAAUUGAUUCAAAGUACUCCUACGUGAGAGACCGGAAUAUCUUCUCAAAUCUACCUGAGAAUUUACCCAUUUUUCUGCCUCAUCUCAAAGAGGCCAGUCCGAAUGAGCGUGAGGAUUUAUUUAUCCAGAAACUGCAACAGUGUUGCGUUCUAUUUGAUUUCUCUGAGCCACUGAGUGACCUGAAAUGGAAGGAAGUGAAAAGGGCAGCCCUCCACGAGAUGGUGGAGUAUUUGAGUCAACACACUGGUGUUAUAACAGAGAACAUCUACCCUGAAGCGGUCAAUAUGUUUGCUGUUAAUCUCUUUCGAACACUUCCACCAUCUUCCAAUCCCAAUGGUGCAGAGUUUGAUCCGGAAGAGGAUGAGCCCACACUGGAAUCGACAUGGCCACAUUUGCAGUUUGUGUAUGAUUUAUUUCUGCGCUUUCUCGAGUCACCAGAUUUCCUACCGGCCACCGCUAAGCGAUACAUUGAUCAGCAGUUUGUGCUGCAACUGUUGGACCUCUUCGACUCGGAAGAUCCACGCGAGAGGGACUUUCUAAAGACUGUUUUGCAUAGGAUAUACGGAAAACUACUAGGAUUACGAGCCUUUAUACGGAAACAAAUAAACAAUGUGUUUUACAGAUUUAUCUACGAAACCGAGCACCACAAUGGCAUUGCUGAGCUUUUGGAAAUUCUGGGGAGCAUCAUCAAUGGUUUUGCUUUGCCACUGAAAGAGGAGCACAAGCAGUUCCUUCUGAAAGUGCUGCUGCCACUGCAUAAAGUGAAAAGCUUGUCAGUGUACCAUCCACAAUUGGCAUAUUGUGUUGUUCAGUUUCUGGAGAAAGAUCCAAGCCUCACUGAACCGGUGAUCAAGAGUUUGCUGAAGUUCUGGCCAAAAACUCACAGUCCAAAAGAGGUGAUGUUUCUCAAUGAGCUGGAGGAGAUAUUGGACGUGAUCGAACCGGCGGAGUUUCAGAAAGUGAUGGAACCACUCUUUCGUCAAAUUGCCAAAUGUGUCUCCAGUCCGCAUUUCCAAGUUGCAGAACGAGCUUUGUAUUAUUGGAACAAUGAGUACAUAAUGUCACUCAUCUCAGAGAACUCCCAGGUGAUUUUGCCGAUCAUGUUUCCCUCACUCUAUCGCAACUCCAAGACGCACUGGAACAAGACGAUCCAUGGUCUCAUCUACAAUGCCUUAAAACUCUUCAUGGAGAUGAAUCAGAAGUUGUUUGAUGAAUGCAAUAGGAACUUCAAGCAGGAGAAUCAAAUCGAACGGGAGAAACUGACACAGCGCGAAGAGAUUUGGCAGCAAGUGGAGACGCUGGCGAAAAAUAAUCCCGAAUGGAGUCGUGUCGGAGUGAAGAUUGAGCGAUAUUCGAUCGAUGCAUUGGCGAGAAAUGAGGCGGAUGACUUGAUCAAGGCGGAAAAGUUGACAUACGAUGAGCUGGAGCAAGAAUCUCGUGAUGUUCACAUGACGAAGAACAAGGAGAAGCCCUUGAUUCGACGCAAAUCGGACUUGCCGCAGGAUUCAGGCACAGUUCGCGCUCUAAUUGAACAUAAGCGUCCCGAUGAGUUUCUAACAACUCCACCCGAUUCCAACAAAUGCUAGAGUCGAUUAUCCCAAGGUGGGGAAAUAGUUUAGCCUUUAUUUCUCUCCUUAAACUAUUCUAUAGAGAAAAUACUAACAAUAUGUAGACACAAUUUGAGAAGAAAAAAAUUACAUUCGAGAGAGGAGAAGAAACACUAACCCAAUUAAUAUGGAUUCACUUUAACUGAUGAGAAUUGUAGAGGAAGAAAGGGCACAUUGUGCAGCCUUUCAUCGAUUCUAAACUCAAUAGUAAACAUUUUUAUCUUUAAAAUGCAAGAAAAAGGCAAUUAUAAACCUAUUCAAAUAGAUUUAUGCAUCUUUCCCUCAGCAAAUGUGAAAAAAAGAGAUACAAGAGAAGCUAAUUUUUAAUUGUUGGGAGAACAGAAAAUCAUGGUGCCAUUUUUUGUUGAGGAUAUUUUUGUCAGACUUUUUCAUUUCUAUCUCUUGAAUUACCUUCUGAUUUUCUCCCCAAAAACGCAAGACCUUAAUAGGAUAUGAUAUAUAAGAUAUUCAGAAGCACAGAGAAAUACAGUGAGAGCGAAUGCCGUUGGUGCCAAUUUGUGUAAUGUUAAACAUCCUGAAUUUCUGUACAUAGGAGGCAAGCAACUAUUGAAAGGAAAGAUAAAUCUCUGUUGAUGGAGAAAGGAAUUGGUUAGAAGAACAGGAGUGAAGUAAUGAGGAAUGGAGAGAGUAAUAUCAAAUAGUACACUUUACAUUCUGCUACAGAGAAGUUUAAACUGAAGUAUAAAUGUGAUUGAAAUAAUUAUAAAUUAUUCUGAAGUCUAUUAAUAGUAUUUUGUUCGUCCAA